AUGGAGAUCGACUCCCUCAAAACGCAGCUGGGCAACCUGCUCGCCCUCCACCGCGACGAUGACGCCAACCAGGACGACAUCGUGUUCGCCACCGUCGACUACAUGAAGAAGGCACACGACGUCGCACAGAUGCUGCUGCUCGAGGGACGCUUUCAGGAGCUGCAGCGAUGCCUGCAUCUGUGCCAGGCAGCUUUUGGCGACGCCGCCAACGUGCAGGCGAGCGUCGUGGGCCGCGCCGGCAGCCACCCCCCGCUUCUCUCCUUUGCCGGCGCCUCAACGGAAGGGGCCGAGGCAGGAGAGGAGAGGCGGCGAGACGACCCGCGCACGUCCAAAACGGCGACGACGAUUCCGUUGCACACUUCGGUAGCCGCAGCGGACGGUGCCAAGGCCGCUGAUGGGGAUCGCAGCGAUGCACCACACCUGCAUCAGCAGCAGCAGCAGCCCUUUCUGGACCUCCACAGCGACGAGGACCGGCGCGUGUUUGCGGCGCUGCAAAGUCGCACCGCGCAGCUGCAGAAGCAGCUCGAGGCCGCCAUGCGGCUGCGGCGUGGCCGCGACACGGAGUACUACAUGCAACGACUCGGCCUACGGGAGAAAGAUGCCGCGCCGGUGGAAGCGAAAGAGGAAGGCGUGAAGGUACGCCCGACGCCGCAGGUUGCACCACAGCCCAACUUCCGUGCGACGUCGAGCACCACGUCCUCCCCAGCAGCCGCUAAACGAGCCUCUCUUUUGCCAGCCGUACCACCGCGACCGUCCCGAGCGUCAUGGCAGGCCGCCGUACCUCCGCCACAACCGGCCCACAGCGCACCGCUUCACCUCCCGCCCUCCACAAGCAAGACGGCAUCCACGCUGAACGGAGCCACAUCAGCAGGAACCGUCACGGUGCCGGUCACAGCACCGCCACAGCAGCUUUGGAUGAACGCCGGAGGAACCAGCACCGACGUCACGCCCCCAACGCCACCGGAGCGGGGAGUCUCCUUCGGCAAUCGGGUCCACUUCAGCCGCGGAAAAGGCCGCAUCGAGCUGCCCCCUCUUGUCACGUCAGGUCGCCUCUUUGGCGUGGCACAUGACAAUCCAAUGUCGGUGCAGCACACCGUCUUUGGAUCGUCCGCCGCACCUCAUCAAGCACCUGGACAGCGCGGGGGUGCCGCCGCCGCCGCUGCUGCAGACGACGACAGCGACUUCGGCAUCCGCGCUGUCGAGACCGUCUACGGUGUUGAAGCCUCGGCGGACGAAGUUCCGUUGCACCUCCGACCCGUGCCGGGGGACGUGCGGCUUUGGAGCUCCUCCUCGUCCUCAUCGUCGUCCUCCUCCGCCAACUCCCCCAGCUCCUCUCACGGCUUCAGCAGCCCCAUGGCGUCGCUCAAGGUGGAGAAGCCGCUCUCUCCGCCGCCGUUUUUCGCUCCGUCGUCCGAUGUCAGUCCCACCGCUGCUGCAGACGGCGAGGAAGAGGUGACAGACGAGGGAGAAGUCUUCAGCUCCCCCCGCACGGCUCGCAUCCCGUCCAUAUUGCGCGCCACGCGACGACGGAGCAGCACACCCGCCUACAAGACAGCCCCCGGCGCCCCUUCGCUCAUUCGACCUGGGACGGGGACGGGACCCGUGGCAGGCAGCACGAAGGACGCGACACUCCUCACCUAUUCACAGCAGCGGCGCCGCACCGCGCCGGAGAUCAUUGCCAUCCCGGCUCGCGCGAUGUCGCCGACGUGGCCGCACCCCGCCCACACCCGCAAACGGUCAGUGGAGCCGCAUGGGAUAAGUCUCACCUCCAACCCGGCCUGUGCGUCGUCCGCGUCUCGCACGCUAGUAUCGGUGGCGGAGUCGAGCUCCACCGCCACAUCAAUCGCAGCCACAUCAACAACUGCCGGUGCCUCUUCCUCCGAGCCUCUGGCGUCGUCACCAUCCGCACUGACCGCAUCGCCAGAAGCAAUGAAAGCCGCCAAAGCGGUGGAAGCUGCCCGACAGACCACGCAAUACGUUUUCUCCAGCAGUAAGGCACAGCACACACGCAGCGAACAGGCCCUGCAGCGCUGCGAUGCGCUGGCCACUUCCCGUCUGCCUUACAGCGCACGGCAGGCCGCCGCGUCGGUGCGAGCAUCGCGGGGAGAAGACCGAGAGGAGGAGGUGAAGGCGGGGCUGCGACCCGACUCCGGCUCCACGCUCAGCAUCGCCUCUCCUCGGCCCAGCAGCGGCGGAGACUGGAGGCCCGUAUCGCAGAUGCCGACGGCGUCGUCCUCGACGCAAGCACUGUCCUCGAUGCCCAGCUUGCCCAACCCCUUCCCCACGUUGGCCGCUCCGCUUCCCUCCGCCGACGGGCAGACAGGCGGAGAUGCUGGAGGGAGCACGACCGCCUCCAUCCAGCCGUAUGGGCCGGCGUCGCAGUACGCCUUAAGCCCCGCAGCGGAGCAGCAACUCAUUGAUAUCCGCGCCGCCUACGAGCAAAAGCUCUUUGCCGCCGCGAGCGACGUACGCGUGAUGGAGGCUCGGUGGGUCGGCCAGCACCGUCAGCUACUGACACAGUCGUCCCUGCCGCCGCUGGAGAACAUCGCGGAGUGGCGUAAGCGGCGUGGGCGGUGGCCGCAACAGCAGCGCUCCGACCACUCCGGCAAAGACGGCGGCAGUGGGGGACGGCGUCAAGGGCAGUCGCGCCAUCGCACGCAUCGCACACCGCCCAUCCCUCCACCGGUGGUACGGGCAGGGGCGGCAGUGAGCACUUCCACAGGCUCCGCUGCCCCUUUAUCACGUGGCAGUGUCCGCCGCAGCGACACAGGCCUCGCCGCCUCGCCCGGCUUUACCCAAUCCCUCUCCCUCUCGCCGUCGCCGUCGCUGUUGAUCACGACGCCGUCGCAGGCGAGUCGUCGGAGUACCGGCAACCCCGAAGAGGGCAGCGGGACAUUUUCGCAGAGCAGCAGCGAUGCCGCACAGCGACCGCCGAUGGAACCGUUUCGCCUUGAACCGAGCACCGCCGCUGCUGCCGCUGCCGCUGCUUCGUCACAGCUGUUAGUGACGCCGCCGGAGCGGCAGUCACUCCCCAUCACGGGCCGGCAAAGCAGCAGCAGCGUGCUGAUGAGUGCGGGGCAGCGGUUGUCGCGUAACUCGCGUGGCGACAGUCUGCAGAUGCUGCCGGCCGCGCCGCAGCGCAUACAACCUGUGAUGGACAGCGUGCAGGAGUCUGCGUCGCUGGUGUGCGCUGUGGCGACGUGUACUGAUGGAGUGGACAGUGAAGGUGGCGGCGCGGCGCAAGGAACGCCGGGCAAACUGGUCCACUCGGUGGACGGUGUGCGGCGGCUCUUCAGCUGCGACAGCGCAGCGGAGAAGGAAGGGAACGAAGAGGCGGACUUCAACGAUGAGGAGCGAAGCAGCAGUGCGGUUCACGACGACGGCUCGCAACUCGCCAGCUCACCGCUGCUCAGCGAUGAGCAGGACGGCGCCUUUGCGGGGACCGGGGUCUACUCACGUUGUGGUGGGGAGUUGGUGAAGGGCGCAGCAGACAGCACAGAUGGGCAACGGAGAGGCGACAGCAAAGUCGCAGCGGACGCGUCCUACACCUAUCACCCGGCCGUGAGCGCAAUCAUCGACGAGCGGCGACGACGGAGGGAGACACAGAUCAACAGUCUUGCGGCCGUGCCUCACCCCUGCGCGACGGAAGACGUCCUCGCAACGUGGCAGCGUACGCUACGUGUUGUCGCGGGAGACGCCACGGUAGGCCAAACCGCCCUCACGCACAAUCACGAUUGGUCCUCUGCCCGGGCUCUUCCAAGCACCUCCCUCGACACCGUCGUGCAUCCGGGCGAAACGCUUAGCUUCACCGCCGACCCGUGGUGGACGGGCCGUACACGGCGGUCGAAUACGGAAGUUUAUUCGAUCCCGUCGCCUGUGCUUCAGUGGUCACCGGCGGCGCUGGAGCCCUCGCCGCUGCAUCGACACGGCAUUCGCUGCGGCGCGGCUGCAACACGCGACCGUCGCACACAGGAGGUCCUCUCUGCCGCCAUCCGCGACGCCUCGGCGCGCGUGCGAGAGGAGGAUUUGGUGCGGCCGGCGUGGAAGCCGGCGGGACACGGCUCCUCAGCCAGCCAGCCGCGGGCAGCAGCCGCUGCAACGGCAGCCGCACCACUGUCGUCGAUGUCCUGCAUCCUGCGCAAACCGGGACAGUCGCCGUUUCCCCUUCACUUCCCGGAAGUAUUUGCGGUGGGCGCACCCACGGUGCCGCCGCCGGCGGGCAAUGCAGGAACCUCACGCGGUGCCGCUGCGGUUGACCGGGCCCCUGACAUGAGUUUAAUCUCCGUCCCGAGCGCAGCGACAACGAGGACGACGACGCCGAUCGUGCUGUCGUUGACCGGAAAGUCACUCAUGCCGCCGGCCUCUGUACAAGCGGCAACGACGAGCGGCAGCCACGACGGCGCCUCAAGCACCGCUUAUCUUACUCCCUACGACCUCACCAUCAACAAUGGAACCGACACACGGAGCGUCGUGUCGCCGUCACCCGACGAAGCACCGCUGCUGUCACACGUGCAGAUCUGUCUGGCGGGUCCCGAUGGGGCCCUGGCGGCGCAGACGGCGUAUCACCAUCUCCACGCUGCCUACCGCAUCAGUGAGGUACUGCGCGCCGCGCCAGAUUGGACCGCUGUGGUGCCGUCCGUGUUGGGUCGUUGUCUGCCGCUCUGCACCGCGGCGGUGCGGCUGCAACGGUGGUGGCGGCAACAGCUCGCCUGCCGUGCGUUGCAAGCUUGUCAGCGCAGGACGCACGCCUAUCUUCUCCAUCAACAACGCCGCGAUGCUGCGGCCCUGCGGAUUCAGCGGCAGCUACGCGUGCACUGGGCGUGGCUCGUCGUGGGGCAGCGCCGGGCUGCGUGUGCGGCGGCGACGGAGCGACGCGUGGCCGCUGAAAAUCCGGUGGUGUCCUCGCUGAGCCGGACUAACGCCGGCAGCAGCGCCUUUACGGUUUUUGUCGAGCUGUCGCACGGUCCGUCCACCGCCUUGACCGGCUCCAUCACAUCGGCACGGCAGUCUCACCGGGGCCCCCACCGCGCCGUCAGCGCCAUGGCGGGCAGCGAGGAUCGCAGUCACGCCAGCUUUGGGGAUGUGCACAUGGCGGCGGCGGCUGCCACGGCGGCGGCGGGGGGAGCACGACGGGGCGGCUCGCAGCUCGGCGGUCCCCUCAUGAGCGGGAGCCGUUCGACCUCCUUUGAGCGGUCUGCGCAGAUGUCGAACCGCCAGCACGGCGCCACCGCCGUAGUCGUCACCUCCAGCAGCGAUUUCUCGCUAGUCGAGAACGACGCCCAGCAUUACACGCUGAAUACGAAGGACCCUUGGGCAGCAGCAGCGGCAGCAGCGGCAGCAGCGCCGCCUUCCAUCCGUCACAACGACCACUCACAGCCCUUUCGCCCUCGUCCUCUCCCUCCUGCCUCUGCGCUGCUGCACGUCGCUCACUACGUGCCGUCAACGCGGAAGGGGACCGCGACGGCGGUCGAGGUGCCUCUAGUGGUGUCUCAAGCGGAGGUAGGGCCCUCGCGACACUUACGCGUCUCCUCCACAAGCGUAGAUGACUCGGGCAGCAACGACAGCGGCAAUAACAAAACGGUCUCGCCAGAAGUGGAAUCACCGGACAUGAAGCAGUCGCAGUCCGUGGCGAGCAUGGAAAAUACGCCCAACUCUAUGUCUACGGCAAGCGAACAGCAGGACGCCGACAGCGCGGCACUCCGUCUUCAGCAAUGGUACCGUCGCUGCAGUGCGGAGGAGACGGCGCAGCUGCAGCGAGAGGUGGAGGUGCUGACCGCCGUGGUCACCCGACGAGCCCCACUUACCGCCGUGCGGGACGCCCUCCGCAACGCGGACGUGCACCGUAGAGACGAAGAGGGCGACAGUCCAGCGGAAGGUGCCGCCGCAGCAGCAGCAACCACCAACAGCAGCAGCGGCAGCAGCAGCAACAACGCAGAGGAUGCAUCGGACAUUACAUCGGCUCGAGCCUUGGCGGCCACCGGUGACUGGGACACGACGCCCGAGACCGCUGCGAUACGCGCGCUAUCCGCGAAAUGUACGGGUGACGUUUAUCAGGCCUACCUGCAACGUGCGGCGGCUGCACGGCAACAGGGCGACUACAAAACACCGCUGGAGCGCGUGAAUUUGCGUGCGCUGCAGCGCAUCCGCCAAAAACGCGAGGACGAGGAGAACCAAAAGCGGCUCCUGCUGGAGCAGCAGCAGCGUCUCCGUCAACAGCAGCAGCAGCGGCGGGAGCGGCAGAUGAUGGACGCGGCGAAGCUGGUCCAGCGCGUCGGGCGCGGCUUUCGCUGGCGCCGGUGGCUGCGUGAGCGACAGUGUAAGGAGCUCCAUUACCGCGCCACGCACACGCUGGAUUUGCUUUCACAGACGGACACGCUCGGCACCCUAGCCUUGGUGGACGGCCGGCACCAGAAGACGGCAGCAGGACACUUCCGAGCCGGUCUCUCCUCCAUCUCUGCCGAGGAACAGCGCGUGUACUUGGCCGGGGGACCGAAGGUGACGACACACGUCAUGGCGCAGCUGCGUGCGACGUAUCCGGAGUGGUUUGGGUUGAACGUGGAUAGAGAGAGCGCCGCGUGGGUGGCCUGCAACGCCACGCCGGCGCAGCUGGCCGCCAUCGUGACGGUGCAAUCCUUUGUGUUCGCCUUUGGGAGUCGCACGGUGACCUUUGGACACUACCAUGACGCUUGUGCGAGGAGCAUUCAGCUGGCGUGGCGUCUACACCAGCGGCGGCGACGUGCUCGCAGCGAACGGCGAAAGAGGAACUCGCAGGCGAUUCUGAAGUCUUAG